GAACUGCCAUAGCGUUAGUCAGUUACUCGCCUUUAUUCCCCCAAUCACUAACCUACGCAGGUUUGACAAGCAUUUGAAACAAGACAACAUUUUCAUUUUAUCAUUCGUAUCUUCAGACAAAGUAAAAAAAACAAAACAAACAUUCUACUUUUGCCGUACAUUCCACAAAAAAAAGCACAGUUAUCUUUCGAGUGAAGCAGCUAUUUUGCUAUUUUCCUAGAAUUGUGGACAAUUUGUAUUGAAACAGCCGUAGCCGAAUUUAUGGGGCUAUUUUCAUCCCGGCAGAGAGUCGAGUCUGCUAUGAAAGGUCGGGAACUGGCGGCACGCAUCGUCUUAUUGGCAACGAUCCUCUUAUUGGCCCAGGCUGUUUCUGGCGCCCCUGUCGAAAAUGGUUUCCGACUGAUUAAUAAAGAAGUCCCGUAUCCACCAGAAGCAUCGUCGCAGGAGACUGACGUCGAUGUCCAGGAUUUGCACAGUUUAAAUAAUAAAAAUCUCCAAAAAACCGUGGCAAACAUCUCAGAUGUUGCCAAUCAUGAUGCGUCUCCACCGACGGCUGACGACGCGAAGCGCUCUUUGAAUAAUGACAAGAGUGAUUUCGUCUUGAGUGAUUUUACUUUCAGCAACGAUACUCCUCACGAUAUGGCCGAAUACAUAUUUUGGACAGGAGACGAGAACAGCGUGAUUAACGCCAUCAAAGAUUUUGUCAAUCAAGGACUGAUAACUGUCGAAGAAGGCAAAGAAUUUAUGGAACAGGUGCAACAUGACUUGCACCAAAUUCGGCUUCGUUAUGGCACUAACGCUGACAAGACAGCGCCAACGGUGCCACCUGAAAACACUAAAAACAUUCCCAACGAGAACGAGGAAGAUAAUGAGAGCCAACAAUUAACCGAACUGCUGGCACCGUCGAAUAAGGCUUUAUCCGCAGAAGGUCAGAAAUCUCAUAAAGGCGAAAUUGUGGUGACUAGCUACGGUCCCGUACCUAAAUCCUCAAAUGAACCGAAAGAGGAGACUGGCCGCCUAGAGGAUGAAAUCAAAACGCGAGGGACAUCGUCAAGCAACACAAAGGAAGAACAUUUGAACGAAGCGCAUAUUGUCGAUCUCCUUAGUAACCAGUAUACGUUGGAAGAGAUUCUUUAUCAACUAGCGCGAAUUCUGUUUUCGCAGAGCCUUAGUCAAGCUGGUCAUCCAGAAGCAGAAGAAGCUCUCAGAAAAUUUGCCGAUUUUCUUGAGAAGGAGUCCAAAGAAGGAAAAAUGUCUCCGGAGCUGCAAAAAAAGGUUUUGGAGGUUUUGCUGAUGUCUCUCUUCGACUCUAUGGCUGAUCAACAUAUUCCAGUUUUGCCAGCAGUAAAAUCGUCUCCAACAGAGCGCCCAUCAGCUACUGAUAAUCACUAAGCAGAAAUCAGAAAAUACCCUAGCUAUUUACGAUUUAUUACAUUCUCUAUAUAUAUACUAUAUUGUACACAUAUAAAAUUUAAAUUAAAGAGUUGCACUUGCUUAUAAUAUACCGGGCAACUCCAUAUUAUUUAUCCCUUUUUUUUCGCUUCAACGUCUUUAGUGUCAAGUCCUGUGUAAUGGGGACAAAAUUGAAUACAAAAUGACCAUUCUCCCA